AUGGGCGAUGAUACAGGUUUCAAGUUCGAGUUUAGUCAGCUACAACAGCAGGUGCUCGCUAGUACUGUGUCUAUCGAUAGCAUCGAUAAUCGUCAUCUAACCGGAAAACAUCACAAAGCGUUUUUCGAACAGCCAUCAAACAAAUCCUUAGAACAGUAUCGAGCUAGGAGUGGAAGAGAAUAUUCCGAAUCAAUUUCCAAUUCAUCUGAAGAGGACCAUGUUGAUGAUGAAACCCAUAAGAGAUCGAAGAGAAAAUUUGGUGGCUAUUCUGAAGGCCUACAAGAGUCAACGGAAGAUGUAUAUGUCGUUUCAGAACAUGUUCCAUGUUUUGGGCUAAACUUUAACGAAGAUUUAAAUCAUAUUAACCGGGAAAUUUUAGAAAUUUAUAAUGAUGCAGAACAAUGGUAA